AUGGCUUGCGUGGCACUUCGUCCUGUGCGUGAAGAAUCUUUCAACACCGGUGGUGAAUUCACCGGCUGUUUUAACCCACUUUUGAGGGACUCAAUUUUGAUUCACCUAACUGUUGGUGGAUCUGUGAUUCCUAUGCGUAUUAUGGGGACAGAUUCAAUUGCUUCAGUGAAGCUGAGAAUUCAAACCUUCAAAGGAUUUUUCGUAAAAAAGCAGAAACUGGUUUUUGAAGGGAAGGAGUUGGCUCGUAACAGAUCUUGUAUCCGUGAUUAUGGUGUUGGUGAUGGGAAUGUUCUGCACCUGGUGCUGAGGCUUUCUGAUCUCAAAGCUAUCACAGUUAGGACUGUAUGUGGAAAGGAGUUUGGGCUUUAUGUUGAGAAGAGUAGGAGUGUGGGUUAUGUGAAGCAGCAGAUAGCAAAAAAAGGGCAAGGGUUAGUUGAUCUCAAGAAUCAAGAACUGAUAUGUGAGGGUGAGGCUCUUGAAGACCAGAGACUUAUUGAGGAUAUCUGUAAGGAUAAUGAUGCUGUAAUUCAUUUUUUGGUUAGAAUAUCAGAUGCCAAGGUGAGGACUAAACCAGUUGAGAAGGAUUUUGAAUUAUCAAUUGAGGCAUCAUAUGCAAACAAUCUGGUGCCAAAUUUACAUACAAACCAGUUAGGGCCAGUCUCUGUAACAAAUGAGAUCCUGGAAAGGAAUCAAUUAUCAAGGGAUUAUCUUGUGGAACCAAUUAUUAUGAAUUCCAACAUAAAAUUUCCACCAGUGAUCCACGAGCUAAUUAAGAUCACUUCGGAGGGGCUAGAAAAAGGCUGUAAACCAAUUCAAUCUUCAGAGGGAUCUGGAGGAGCUUAUCUCAUGCAAGAUUCAUCUGGCUCGAAGUAUAUUUCUGUUUUCAAACCCAUUGAUGAAGAGCCAAUGGCAAUUAAUAACCCUCGAGGCCUACCUAUUUCCGAGGAUGGUGAAGGGCUAAAGAAAGGUACACGGGUAGGGCAAGGUGCAUUGAGAGAAGUUGCAGCUUACAUUUUGGAUCAUCCUAGGAAAGGACCACGCUCAUAUCAUAACAAUGAGGAACCAGGAUUUGCUGGAGUUCCUCCUACUGUCAUGGUCAAAUGCCUGCAUAAAGGAUUUCAUAAUGUUGAAGGUUAUCAGAAUGUUUCAGGUAAUGUUAAAAUAGGAUCGCUUCAGAUGUUUAUGAGGAAUAUUGGAAGUUGUGAAGACAUGGGCCCUAGUGCUUUUCCAGUGGAAGAGGUACACAAGAUCUCUGUGCUGGAUAUAAGGUUGGUAAAUGCAGAUAGGCAUGCUGGCAACAUUUUGAUUGCCAAGGAUGGUGAAGACGGUUCAACUAUUCUCAUUCCAAUUGAUCAUGGCUAUUGCUUGCCCGAGAGCUAUGAAGACUGCACUUUUGACUGGUUAUACUGGCCACAAGCUAAGGAACCUUACUCUACAGACACCAUUGAUUAUAUAAAAUCUCUGGAUGCUGAAGAAGAUAUUAAGCUUUUAAAGUUUCAUGGAUGGGAUCUUCCUCCUAUGUGUGCCCAGAUCCUUCGUAUAUCAACCAUGCUUCUUAAAAAAGGUGCAGAGAGAGGACUCACUCCUUUUGCCAUAGGAAGCAUCAUGUGUAGAGAAACACUGAAGAAAAAAUCUGUCAUUGAACAGAUUGUGCAGGAAGCUGAGGAAGCUGCAUUUCCUGGAGCAAGUGAAGGUGCAUUUCUCGAUAUCGUUUCAGCGAUCAUGGAUAGUCAUUUGGAUGAGCUAUUCCCGUGA